ACCCCACCUGGCCGAGGGAAACAACAGCUCACAGCACCGGAUUCAACUCAACUGAAACGGUUGUAAUCGAGGCACACAUCGCCGUUACUUGCUAGUUCUGUCAACAUCAGUCAGUCUAUUUGUAUUCAUUGUUCAAACUCUCUUGACAAUCUGUCACGUGCAAACAUAACCCCAGGAUGGGCUCUCAAGGAUAUCCGAGCCUACUGCUUCUCCCGCUCCCCACCCGGCCACCAUCACGGGCCUCGCUCAGCGCCGCAUACCGACCGUCGCUGCAGGCAGUCCUCUCCAAGAUCAAGAACCCAGCUCGGUCUUCUGUUCUAAUCGUGGCCGUUGUUGGCCCUCUUCUCCGCGGGGCAUCACCAAAAACUAAAUCGCUAUCAUGGCCAGCCGCCCAGUCCCUCAUUGCCGGCCUUUACAGUCUCAUCGCCUUGAUAUGCGCCGAGCAGGCCAUUGCCAGCGAUGUCAACGGCGGGCCUGGUGCCGUUGAUGCGCGCGUUGUCUUGGUGGACCACGAUGCCAACCGGAGGUUUUUGCCUGAUUUUGUGGCCGCCAUCGAGCCCAAUAACACGACGGUCGUGGAUCUACCAACCUUUGCCUUGGCAUAUCACCCCUGGAACUACAUCUUCCAUAUCAACAGCGAACAAGGCUACCGCACACUGUCGACAUAUCUCAAGUUUGCUGAGAGUAGGCAAACGAUUCUGCAGUCCCAGCUGGUAGUUGUCGAGGCAGGUCUGAGUAUGAAUGUUGAGGGAUCGAGCGAAGAUCCAACGGAAGACACCCCAGGGUACAACAUUGUGUGUCUAGGGGGCACAUUCGACCACCUACACCCGGGCCACAAGUUGCUCCUGACGGCUGCAGCACUUCUACUCCGGGUACCGGUCAAAGAUUCAACCUCAAAUUGUCGUUUGAUCGUCGGCAUCACCGGAGACCAGCUCUUGGUAAACAAGAAGCAUGCAGAGCUUGUACAGUCCUGGGAUGACAGAGCCGAUUACACCCUCGACUUCAUAUCAUCCCUUCUCGAGCUGAACAAGAGCGGGUGGAAGAAGAAGACGAGCCCGGCCGGGGCCGUUACAAGAAAACCGGGCCGCGUCGAGGCCAUCUUUCGCGACGGCGCCAUCGUCGUGGAGUGUGUCGAGAUCCAGGACGGCUUCGGCCCCACGGUGACACAGGAGGAGAUGGAUGUGCUCGUGUACUCUGGGGAGACGCGGUCGGGAGGGAAGGCCGUCAACGAUAAGCGGACGGCGCAAGGGUGGAAGCCGCUGGAGACGUUUGAAGUGGAGGUUUUGGAUGCCAGUGAGCAGGGUGAGGGGGCGAGCGAAACGGAGAAUUUCGCGUCCAAGAUUAGUAGCACGGCGAUCCGGCAGCAGAAGGCGGCGACGGCGGCGACGGCAACUGCCAAGCCUGAAAGUAAAAGCCGGCUGGCUUAGAUAGUUCAUGUUGACACGGCGGUGGAAAAUCACGGCUACUGAUCAAACAAGUAAUCCAGGGGCCUGGAUUUUGCGAUGCUUUUGAUUUCCGUGAGAAGUUGUCAUCUUCACUCACGCUCUGCUUGAUAUCUGAAUAAGGCCGUUCUGAUACUUCAGUUUGCAUAGACUGUCCGGACAAGGAGACCCCGAAUAAGCUCCCAAAAAGGGCCCCCUAGCAGCAAAAAUCAUCGAAGCACUUUGCAGCAAGGCCCGCUCAGCUACAUACUACAGAGCACAAUGUUGCCCAGCCGCAAGUCGAGCGUCCA